CGCUUCCUAGUUGACAACUACACAUUAUUGAGAGGGAGUUUUGGAUACAUGGAUCACAAUGACUCAUCAACUAAAUCAUCAUUUUCUACCCACAACCUAACCUAACUCCAUUAUUAUUUUGUUUAUUCAAGAUCAAGAAUCACUCCUAGCAAACAUUCCCCUUUCUAUCUCCCCUUCAAUUCAAUAAUAUUCACAACUUUUUUCUUUUGAUCUUGUCAAUGGCCAUGAGGCCAAUUAGAAAGCUAUUUCCAACAUCAAACCAAACAGCAGAUUGUCAUAAUGUUUGUGACUCAACAUGUCCUUAUGGAUGCUAUCCAUACCCUGAUAUGGACUAUUACAUGCCACCACCAGUACUGUUACCACCACAACCACCAAUUCAAUCGAGCAACAAAAAUGUUCAAAACAUUUCACCUUACAUAAUUAUAUCCGUCGCGUUGCUUGCUAGCUUGUUCCUACUCCUCAGCUACUACUUAAUCAUCGUUAGAAAUUGCUCGAAUUGGAAUCGUAGAAGGAACCCGCGAUCGGAAUCUGAAGGCGUUAACGAGGAGUUCUUGGAUGAAAAUCGAGGCCCGAUUAUUGAUCAUCCAAUUUGGUACAUCAACACUGUGGGACUUCAACCUUCUAUUAUCAAUUUGAUCACAAUUUUCAAGUACAAAAAAGGUGAUGGUUUGAUUGAUGGAACAGAGUGCUCUGUUUGCCUGAAUGAAUUCCAAGAUGAUGAUUCUCUUAGGUUGUUACCAAAAUGUAACCAUGCCUUUCACAUCCAUUGUAUCGACACGUGGCUUAGGUCACACACGAAUUGCCCGUUGUGUCGUGCUCCUAUUAUCUCCAAUACUGCUGCUGCACCUGUGGGAUCAACGAGCCCCAUCUCGAGUACUAAUACGAGUCCCAAUGAAGAUAAUAGUUCACAAAGAGAUGUAAUUGUAGAAGUGAAUAGCAUAAAUCAGGCUAGAGAUGGGGAAUUUCAAGAAAACGUGAGUGAACGAGAUGAAUUCCAAGAGAUUGAAUGUCCUGAAACUUCGAAAAAAGAAGUAAACUUUAAAAGGGGUGAUAAAGAUGUUGAAGUACAACAAAUGAGGAGGUCUCUCUCAAUGGUUGAGUUAUCAAAGGGUGAAAAAAGUUGUGUUGAGACAAAACAAAAGGAGGAAGAAUGUUCAAAUUCAAGAAUUCGAAGGGUCAUGGAUAGUGCUUCUUCAAUGAAGAGAUCAUUUUCUUAUAGUGGGAGGCCAUUUUUCUCAAAAAAUAAUCGAAAUCCCAGUUCAGUACUUCCUUUGUGAACCAAUUAUGUUACUCAAUUGAAAGAGAGCUAUGAAUUUUAUGAGUACGAAAAUAUAGCAGUAAGGUAAUUCUAUGAGAUAUGGGAUUUAUAGUAAUUAUAAGCCAGACAUUUCACUGACUUAGUUACACUUGUUGUACAGGUAUGAAAAAAAGUUUAGUUCAUAAAUUAGUUUCAGAAACAAAAAGUUUGUCUACAACCUCAAAGAACAUCUGUAAUGUUUGGUGCCCCAGAAUUUUAAGUAUGGUUCCUUAUUAUGUA